AUGGCCUCAAUGUUAGAGACUCCUUCGAGGAUAUGGAGAAGGAUUGAAGCGGAAGGCAGUCGGGAUAUGCCUUCACUGCCUUCGGUUCCAGGCUUCGAUGAUUCUGCAGAAAUUUCCAUCUCUAGCGAUGAUCCACGACCAUAUCACGGCGAAUACGAAGUAAACGAAGAACCAAGCUUUGGGCACAUAGCCUCCCCUAUUCACUCGACACCAGCUGCUUCCUCCCAUCAUGCCUCAACCAUACGUGCCACUUCGAGCACCUCCAGCACUACACGUUUUGCCCACUCGCUCGCUCGCUCAGGAAGGUCUUCUUUAGCUCAUUCUAGCAUCUCUAGAGCAUUAUCGGCCCGCCGAAACUACCCAGAUAGUUUUGAAAUUAGCGCGAUACCGUCACUUCCAGACGACGACAUUGGACGCCGGAGUGACUGUUCAUCUGGCGAAAUAGACGAUGAUCUUGUAGGAAGUAGAGAGAGCGCGCCUGAAGGAUAUACAUAUACCUCCGAUAGGAUACGAAUGCCGAUGGAUGAAGACGCUAAUUUCGACGUUUCCUUAACUGAUGCUUUAGAAUCGAUCAGCUCACCGUAUCAGAGUGAGCCAGAACGCGGCCGUACUCCCAAAGAGCAGUCAUACAUCGACUACGAAGUUUCUCUGAAAUCUUCACCAAAGCCUACACCGCUCAGCAGUAAAUUUCGUCAUGUCUCUAUGCGACGGCCCAUGCUCGAAAGAACCAGGACACCGUCCUUGUCACGGACGUCUCUUUCGCCUGUGUCAUCUCCUUCAAAUUCUACACCUCGAAGCGGUAGAUCACUGGCCAUGGACCGUUCUACCAGUGUUUCCCCAAUUCAGGGACUUUCGAUUCCUCUUCCGCCCUCUCAUGCAAACUCUCCCGCUCCACAAAGCCCGGAGCCCAACAUCAGUCUAAAUCAAUCUGAACCGAACACUUCGACCAACACCCAGUCGAUGGAUAUUACCGAUGCACAUGAUUCUCCUAUUAGAUAUCUCGCUGAGUCAGGAUCAGAGGCUAUAGAGGGAAGGGACGAGUCCGUGGAGAGAUCUGUUGCUGGUAAGGAAGAUACUUCCGAGCAUACCUUUUCUACCGACGAUGGCCCUACGCCCUACGCCGUUAUAAAGAACGAGAAUUCACGUUCUCCCGAAGGUCUUGCGAGCGCAUUUUCCUCACCUGCGACCUCGAUGGCAACGCCUACUCCUGCUUUUACUCGCCCGAGGGCACGAUUCAAUCUACCAGAAGGAAGCUCAUCUGAUGAAUCCCAUGAGGCACAUAGAGAAGAUCAUGCAAUACACGACGAAGAGAUGUCCUUGGAGGAACCUAUGACACCUCAAACGCGCAGGCGUUCAUUCUUCUUGUCUGUAAUCAAUUCGACGACGCGCCCCAGGAUGAAAUUCCCCACCCCUCAUCCUCGCGACAGAAUCGUCCCAGAUACUCCCAGUAUGAUGGAUGUUAUACCUGGACCUGCCAGUCGAAGUAUCGUUCAACACACGCCGAUCGCGUUCCCCUCAGCUUUUGCUGGGGCAACUCCUAGACCCCGUUUCAAGCCUAGUAGCCGACUGUCACACCCGCUGGCUCAGGCUCACACCUUGACUUCAUCAUCUUCAACAUCGGAGUCUGAACCUGGCGAAGAGACUGAUGGUACCGUUCGUCCUGAGAAUAACGACGAAAUUAACAACGAACACCUACCGUGGUCUACACCCGCUCCAGUAGCUUCCGUGGCCCACCUUUCUCCGUACGAUGAAGCGGCAUUGAAUGGUGCUUCAUUUGUCUCUACUGCCUCAUCCCAUGAUUUGACAACGCAUCCUCGAGCAAACACCUCCUUCGAUCCAGCGAUGGGUUUCGGUGGAAACGCACCCGGACACGGGGUUGGUCGUUUUAAUGCCAACAAGCUGAAUACCUAUCUGCAUGGGCUUAACAGAAAACUUCAGGAGGAGAAUGAGGCACUAAUGGAACGCAAUCGUAUUCUGGAGGAAAAUCAAGGCAAAUCAAGUUCAGCUAGUAUUCCGCCGACUCCCGUGGCAUCCGCCAUGGGCUCUAGACGCCAAAGCGGGGGUAGUAGACGCCUUAGCGCUGUCUCCAACUUGGGCGAUCUACAGGAGGAAGCAAAUGAGGCAUGGAUGGAAGAAAAGGCAGAAUUAGAAGAAAUGGUAGACGCGUUCAAAAACGAGGCUGAACAAUGUAUGAAGGAAAAGGAAGAAGUAGAGAAUGCUCUGGAACGUGAAACCCGAGAGCGGGCGAAGGAUAAGGAGAGAUGGAAAGAAAGGAUGAGUGAGGUUCAGAAGGGUGUUGAGGACAUUGUCCGCGAUCUAGAAAACAAACUACAUGCUGCCCAAGAAAACGCACAGAAUGCAGAAAAAGAUGCUCUAGGACAGGCGAAGGACCUUGAAAAGAAGCUUGCGGAAGCUCAGGCGCAACGAGAUGACGCUGCUGCAAGGGCAGAGAAGGCCGAGGGCGCUUUAGCAAACAACCAGGAUCUAGGUGGCGAAUUGCGAAAUGCAAACGAUCGAGUGAGCUGUCUCAUGGGUGACUUGAGGAAUGCCAACUCUCAGAUCGAAGAGUUAGAGCAGGAACUCGUACGGUCCGAGGAAUUCGUUGAUGGUCUCGAGCGCAAUCUCACAGAGCAUAAAAACAUCCUUGUUGACCUUCGAAAGACUCUGGAGUCCAAGGAUCAACAGAUCGAAGCUCAACGGAUUGAGGUCCGUCAUUUGGAACAGGCUCAUCAGAAAACUGAGGAGGUGUUAAGUGCUACCCGAGAGUACAUAACAAAGAUCGAGGAGGAUGCGUCUACCGCCGUUGAGCAUGCUGAAGCCCUUGGAGAGGAACUCGAGGCUGCCAAAGAGGAGGUUCAACAUCUAAAAAUGGUUGCGGCAGAUAGAGAGGCUCAAGGUGAGCAACUGGCCAAGGAAGCUGAAAGGGCUGCUCAACUCGCAAGGCAAAUGGAGGAGGCACUCGAAGCUGCAGAAAAGAAGAUGGCUGAGGAUGAGGAUGACCUCGCUGCUGUGAAUGGGAAACUGAACGCUCUUGAGAGAGAGAAAGAGCGUCAGAAGGAGCUCAGCACUAGGUCCAUCGAUCAAUCUCGUUUGGCUUCUGCCACCGCCGCACAGGUUGCCGCUCAUGAAGCAGAAAUUGAAGCUCUCGAGCAAGAACUCGACAAUGCCACGAAGGAGAUUGCGAGAUUGAAUACUGUACUCAACCAGUCUCCCGCACGGAAGGCUGUUGACAAGGCGAAAGACGCGAAGAUCGAAAUGCUCGAGCAGGAGAACGAAGCCUUAUCCGAGCGAAUCAAAGCCUUAAGAAUGACGAUGAACGACUUUAACACCCCAAGCAAGAUGAUCAACAACAGUGGUAUUUCUCCAAUGCAUCGUCGUGCACUCUCGAUGUCCAUUCGAGCUCCUAAAACUCCAGGUGGACCUCUACGAGAUAUGUCAUGGCUUAAUAGCACUACCGCGGAUCUUGUCAAUGGUUCCCCGCUUGUUGCAGAGAUUUCUAGGUUGCAACGGGAAUUGGACCGUGCCAACGAAAGUAUUGACGAUAAACUCGAUAAGCUUGAGGAUGCUGGUCUGGGUGUCGUGGGUUUGACAAAAAAACUCGAAGAUGCUCGUUCCAAAAUCAGAUCGCUGGAGGACCACAUUGCUCGUUUGUCCCGAAGAGAAGAACGUAGACUUCGUCGCCUGGAACGGAUCCGAUGCCAAAAAUGCUUAACCAAGGUUGAUGUUCGCAAUAUAAUACAUCUUUCGGAAGAUGAAAGUCUGUUUGAAACAGGGAACGAUAUCCUGCCCUCAGAACCACCGACACCUCCAACCAAGACCAGCGAUGCCUUGCGAGAAAACCUCCGAACCGUUAACUCUCAGCUGCAGGAAACCAAGAAGCAAUGGGAAGAUGAAAAGCGAAAACUACUUGGAGAGAAGGCUGUUCUCCAGGAUGCAGCUAAUCGAUUGAAUGCUGAGGUACGGGACAUAAAAGUAGAAGCAUCGAAAGCUUCCGAAGCUCAGAAGAUGAAUGGCCGCCUUCGUCAAGAUAUCCAAGGGGACCUCGAGAAAGCCCGACGCACCAUCACUGAGCUUGAAAGUGAUCUCAAGGCAGAACGGGCUCGACUAAGAAACAUGACCGCGGAACAAAGUCGUGUCGAUCGGGAGAAGGAGCAGAUCUUCGUUCAAUUGCAGCGUACGGAAACGGACAUGGAAGAUGUACGAACACAGUUACAGUCAUGUAAGAAGGAGAAUAAAGAACUAGAAAACGAACUACGAGUCAAUGCAAACAUUGACCAACGGGCGAAGCUCCUCGAGAUCAAAGUUGCUGAGAAUGCGGAAACGAUGGACCAGCUUCGGGAAGAACGAGCAUUGCUUGCUACAGAUUACAAGGAACUCCAACAACGAUACUCUGAGAUCUCAGAGCACGCCAACCGACUCCUCGACAGCGAAGCAGCUUCUCGAAAAACACACGACAAGCACCGUCAUGAGCUCGACUUAUAUCUGGGCGAAAUAGAAGAUCUCCGUAAAGCACUCUCUGAUCGUUCAGGGGAACUCCACCGUGUCGAAGCCGAGAAACAUCGAAUUGCUGCUGAGCGGAGUGAUGUCGCUCAGACUGUCGCCGUGCUAGAGGCUGACCUUAGGCGUGUAAGGGAUAGCGCGGAGGCUUUUGGUCGUGACUUGAAGGAGCUCCGGUUAGAGAAGGAAAGGUUGGAGAAGGAACACCAAGAAGAGCAGCUCAAAAUACACCGAGCCAGGAAACAGACUCAAACGCAGAUCCGCCUACUCACUGAACAAUUAGAGGGUCAACGUGCGAAGACGCUCGAAGCGAGAGCAGAAUUGGAGAACCACGUUUGUGCGAUGGAUGACCGCCAGCUAUCCGCCCUCAAGCUCCAGCACAACAAAGAAGCUAAGGGCCUGAUAGUGCAAAUCCGUUACCUCAAAGCUAAAUUCACUCGGGAAUCAAUGAUGCGGUUCGAUUUAGCCUACCAGAAACACUAUCUCCUAGUUCUGCUGAAUAAAUUUGAAAAGAGUGAAAAAACCAUUUCUGCUGCAAUCGCAAGAAUUGGUUUCCCUGUGGCCGCGCCUCCUUCUCGACCAACGAAACCCAGACUGAAAACCAUUAUUCAGUCGAUUAUCUUCGUUGUUCGAGCAAGGUAA